AUGUAUAACAAUAUCCAAAGAGCAUACGAAGGGCAAAGGAAAAUAUUCGUUUUAGACGAAGAUGGAAAUACAGGUUUCAAUAAUUCUGACAAAGAUAAUUCGAAAAGUCAGGGAAGAGCCAACGUUUACAAUAAUUUAUAUUCCCGAUACGAUGCAGAUGAAGGCAUUGCUGACAUGAACAAAAGGAACUAUGGAAAUGGAACUAAACCGUUCAGAAAAAGGAAUACCAAUUCUAACCGAAAAAUAACCAAGGACGACUCGCCAUUACCGAAGAGCUAUAGUGAAUUGACUUCAUCCUUCUUCAAGAAAUCAUCUGUUUAUGCUUUGAGCCAAAUUGGUAAUUCUAACACAACCAGGCGAAAAGUUUUUUGGGCUUUUAUUUUGAUUGGAGGAAUUAUCGGUUGCUGCUCACAAGUUUACAGAUAUUUGUCUGCGUAUUACGAAUAUCCAGUUGUUAUCAACAUUGAUUCGGUGAACUGGUUCAACCAAAAGUUUCCAGGAGUCACUAUCUGCAACUUAAACGCAGUGCGCAGUAAAAAUCUUGGUUGCGUCAUUUGGAAAAUUAAGCAUAACAACUGCUUUGGACCAUAUUAUGCAGGACCCAACGAUCUCAAAACAGCCGUUACUUGGAACUCCCCUUAUUGUUUCGAAGAAAAUGGCACAACUCUGAGCGAUGAAUUCGUGGAGCGCAUUCAGUUCAUUAGUCUUUAUUAUUCUCUGGAUGAUUCUUCAAGAUUUCAUUACGGACAUCAAAUUGCGGACUUCAUUCAGUCCUGUUCAUUUAAUGGUGAAGAAUGUUCCCACACUGAUUUCACCCUCCAUCCUGACGGUAUGUAUGGCAACUGCUUUACUUUCAACAAAGCCAACGCAACCAAAGAGCCUCUUAGGACCUCCUUCGUAGGUCCUAACUCUGGACUCACUCUGGAACUAGAUGUGCAGAGUCCAGAAUACACAUGGCUGAGCAAAUCUGUGGGGGCUCGAGUGGUCAUUCAUGAUCCUUAUCAAGAACCUACACCCCAAGACCAAGGAAUCAAUGUUAGUCCAGGAUUUGAAACAGUUUUGGGUUUGUCUCUAGAAGCUAUGAAGAGAUUGCCUUAUCCUUAUAAGGACCAUUGCAAGAAAUAUGAAAAAGGUGAUAGCAAAAGAAAUUGUGAUACCAUAUGUAACAAAAAGAAAGUGUCAAAGCACUGCUCUUGUUCAGCUCCUUUUGGCGCUCUGUAUGCAGAGAGGUAUUGCAAUUUCGCCAAUCUCAGUGAACUAUGUUGCGUUUAUCAAGGUCAGAAAGAGGAGGACCUCGAAGUGAAAUAUAACAUAACAUGCGAUUGUCCUUUGGAAUGUGAAUCUGUUAGCUACGAAUUGAAAAUAUCUAGCGGAGUUUGGCCUGCAAGAUCGGAAAAUCUGGGAGAAGAAUAUAAAAAUGCUAAUCUUGAAGAAUUAAGAGAAACCAAGCUGAAACUUAAAGUCUAUUACGAUACAUUGGAGCAACUGACCUACGAGCAGAAGCCGAUGUUCGAAGAUUCUGAAGUUCUCAGUCAAGUAGGAGGUCAAAUGGGCUUAUGGCUUGGUUUGUCGUUAGCUGCUAUGUUCGAAUGCUUGGAAAACAUCGUAUUACUUUGGCACUACCGAAAGAAAAAGGCAGAAGAAGAAAGAAAUCAACAUUAAGAUAAACAUGUUUAUAUCUUGAUUAUUCGAGAUAAAAUAAUGUUCUACAAUUUUCGUUUGUUGAUGAUGAUACCGAAGAAUUAUUUUCUAAGUGUGUGCUUAUUGGCUUUUAUUUAGCAAUACCAAUGAAGUGAGCACACACACACAAAAAAAAAACUGCAAAAAUAUUCACUGGAUGUAUUUAAUAAGAAUCACAGCUUCGAUAGAUAUUUAUAUUUACCAAAAUGCAUUUCAUGAAGCAAAUCGCAUU